UAAAGGAGGCUCUUGAUUUCUUAUCUGAAAUGAAGGUUAAAGGCAUGAGACCAAAUAUCAUUACUUACAGUUGCUUAAACAGGAGGAGGCAACAAGGCUUUUGAAUGAAAUGGUGGAUAACAAUAUUUCACUUAAUAUUGUCACAUAUACUAUAUUGAUUGAUGCACUUUGCAAGGAAGGAAUGAUUUCUAAAGCUGUAGAGACCCUUGACAUGAUGAGAAAGCAAGGCAUUGAGCCUAAUGUUGUUACCUAUGAUGCAUUAGUUAAUGGUCAUUGCUUGCAGAAUGAAAUGGAUAAAGCUAGAAGAGUUUUACAGUUGAUGAUUGAGAAGGGUUGUGCACCUAAUAUAGUUACUUACAGCACCAUGAUCAAUGGAUAUUGCAAAGGUAAUCUCAAAGAGGCAUUGAAAUUUUUUCAAGCAAUGCAAAACAGUGGGUUGGAACUUGAUAUUGGCCCAUAUACUAUCCUAACUGAUGGCUUGUGCAAAGCUGGGCAUAUUGAAGUUGCCAAGGAAUUAUUUCAUCAACUCUCAGACAAUGGUUUAAAACCGAAUGUUUACAAAUAUGGUGUAACGAUUAAUGGACUGUAUAAAGAGUAAUUGCCACAUGAAGCAUACAGGUUGUUUGGGAGCAUGGGAGAUAAUGACUGUCCGCCUAAUAGUUGCUGUUAUACUGUAAUGAUUCGGGGGUUCCUUUGAAACAGCUAUACCUCAAAGGCAACGCAACUUCUUACGAAAAUGGUUGGUUAGGGCUUUUCUGCAGAUAUAUUCAUUACCAACUUAUUUAUGGAUCUCAUCAUACAUUCUAAUAAAUCAAUCUUGUUGUGAAAUGUUUCAUAAAUUGUGUAAAGAUCAUCACUUGUAAAUUUGAAUCAAUUUUUACAUAACCAUUGUACAGUGAUAAAAGAUUAUGGAAACUAGAAUGAGUUUUAGUGUCUAUUUUCAAUAUUGUUGAUUUUGUUGUGACUUGUGUAGUGAGAAUGGUAAUGUUAAGAAAUUAGGGGAAUACCAAUAUUGCUUGUGGAA